AUGGAGACCCCCAAAAAUGACCCGCCUUUGAUUCUCGAUCGUACCUCUCGCGCCACCAGAGGGAAGAGAAUGAACAAAUUACUUGAUGAGGAAAUCGAAGAGGACGAGAUGUUCUGGAAUCAGGAGGCUCUUAAAGAGGAUGAAGAGGAUGGUAACUAUGAAGCAGAGCCUGAGGUUGCUGACGAGUUUGAUAGUGACUUCGACGAAGAUGAGCCAGACCCGGAUGAAGGAGUAGAAAACAACGAGGCAGAGGAAAGAGUUCAGACAAAGAAGCGGUUGAUAUUUCCGGGAAAGCAAUCAAGCAAGAAGAAGAAGAAGAAGAAAGUGCUAACGGAAUUAGAGAAAGAAUCUAAGGUUGAAAAUGAGAAAUCUUCCCAACCUGAACAUCAUCACGAUGCUCCUGAGGAAGGAGAAGGAGAGAGAAUCGUGAGAAAAUCUUCAAGAACUUCAGUGAUUAUCAGGCAAGCUGAGAGGGAUGCAAUACGUGCGGCUUUGCAAGCAACCAUGAAGCCGAUAAAGAGAAAAAAGGAAGGCGAGGAGAAGAGGAUGACCCAAGAAGAGAUGCUUUUAGAAGCAGCUCAAACAGAAAUUAUGAACUUGAGGAAUUUGGAGCGUGUUCUAGCAAGGGAGGAAGAAGUUAAGAAAAGAGCAAUUGUGCACAAAGCUGUCUAUACUGGCCCGCAAGUACGAUAUUUUUCAAAAGAUGGUUGCUCAUAUCUGGAAUUCAGUAGAGGAUUAUCAUUUCAGUCUGAAAUCUCUACCACGACUGCUCCCUACCCUGAGAAAGCUGUUUGUGCAGUUACUGGUUUACCUGCCAAGUACCGUGAUCCAAAGACAGGGCUACCUUAUGCAACAAAAGACGCUUUUAAAAUUAUUCGCCAGCGGUUUCUACUUGAAAGUGGUCGGGUCAGGAAAGAGAUGGACCUGGGAGAUUUGCAUGAUUCACUUUCUGGGAAAGGGUUUUUGGCAAGGCGGAAGAGAUCAGUGUCGUCAAAUAAAAUUGAUGUGUCGUAUUCACGUUACUUUGCGCGAUUCCGCAGAAUUCCAGCUCUUGAAAGUGAAUCUUCUGAUUAA